CCCACCCUACAUUUCAUCAGGCAUCCCUUUCCUUGGACAUGCAAUUGCAUUUGGAAAAAGUCCCAUUGAAUUUUUGGAAAAUGCUUAUGACAAGUAUGGACCUGUGUUCAGUUUCACUAUGGUUGGCAAGACGUUCACAUACUUAUUGGGUAGUGAUGCUGCUGCUCUACUCUUCAAUAGUAAAAAUGAAGAUUUGAAUGCAGAGGAUGUGUACGCUCGGUUAACUACACCAGUUUUUGGCAAGGGAGUUGCUUAUGAUGUCCCUAAUAUGGUAUUUUUGGAACAGAAGAAGAUGCUCAAAACUGGGCUAAAUAUUGCUCAGUUUAAACAGCAUGUGUCUGUGAUUGAAGAAGAAACAAAAGAGUAUUUCAAAGCAUGGGGAGAGAGUGGAGAAAAAAACCUGUUUGAAGCCCUUUCAGAACUUAUCAUUUUGACAGCAAGUCAUUGCUUACAUGGGAAAGAAAUAAGAAGCUUACUGGAUGCGAAGGUGGCUCAGCUCUAUGCUGAUUUGGAUGGAGGUUUUACUCACGCUGCCUGGCUUCUGCCAGGUUGGCUCCCUCUGCCAAGCUUCAGACGUCGAGAUCGAGCACACAAAGAAAUAAAGAAUAUUUUCUACAAGGUUAUCCAGAAACGUCGGAAGUCUGGGGAAAAGGAGGACGACAUGCUCCAAACCCUACUUGAUGCUUCAUACAAGGACGGCCGGCCGCUGACAGAUGACGAAAUCGCGGGGAUGCUGAUCGGGCUGCUCCUGGCAGGGCAGCACACGUCCUCCACCACCAGCGCCUGGCUCGGCUUUUUCAUGGCCAGGGACAAGUCGGUGCAGGACCAGUGCUACGCAGAACAAAAAGCGGUUUGUGGGGAUGACUUGCCACCGUUAACUUACGAGCAGCUCAAGGAUCUCGGUUUGCUGGAUCGUUGCCUAAAAGAAACUUUAAGGCUUAGACCGCCAAUAAUGACCAUGAUGAGAAUGGCCAAAACUCCCCAGAGCGUUGCUGGCUAUAAUAUCCCCCCUGGCCAUCAGGUCUGCGUAUCUCCCACUGUUAACCACAGACUCAGGGACUCCUGGAAGGAUGCUCUAGACUUCAAGCCUGAUCGGUAUCUCCAAGAUAACCCGGCAGCUGGAGAGAAAUUUGCAUACGUUCCAUUUGGCGCUGGCCGUCAUCGCUGCAUUGGAGAAAACUUUGCUUACGUUCAGAUAAAGACUAUCUGGUCUACUUUGCUUCGUCUGUAUGAAUUUGAUCUCAUCAAUGACUAUUUUCCAACUAUAAAUUAUACGACAAUGAUACACACCCCUAAUAACCCCAUUAUCAGAUAUAAGAGGAGGUCACCGUAAGUUGUGGAGCUAAAACCUUACUUAAGUUGUGUAAAGUAACAAUUCUCAAUAAAUUUGUGACAACAGGAGUGGCAAACAGAAACUGUUGCAUCUACCGUUACAAAAGCAACAGUAAUAUACCAAAUGCAAAGUCUUGGCACCCACGUUGUUUGCCCACACCAUUUAAGUUGC